GCGCGAGCCGGGGCCGCGGGAGCGCUGCAACUUCGGGCGCUCGGGGCGGCGCAUCUGGGAGCCGCGGGGGGCGGGGAAGGGGCACGCGCGGCCGCCGGCAGCGGGCGCGUCUCCGCGGCGGGCACCCACCCCGAGCCGCGGGGCUGCCACUCGUCGUCUUGAAGUUUGGGCGCCCGCCGGCGUCCCGGGCGCGGCGAGUUUGGGGGUGCGCGCCCCCAGGCGGUGUGUGUGUGUGUGUGUGUGUGUGUGUGUGUGUGUGUGUGUUGGGGGGCGCCCGGUCGGCGCGCGCGUGUGUGUGUGUCCGCCCCCCCCCCCCCGCAGCCCGCGAGUGAUGGGCACAGGGGCCCGCCCAGGCCGCCCCCGUUGCCGCCGCACCGCCCCCUCGCUCGCCCCGAGCGCGCCCAGUCGCCCCGGCGCACCCCCGGCUCCCCUGGCCCGGGCUCCCCGGCUGCCCCUGCCGCCGCCGCCGCCGCCGCCGUCGCCGGGGGCCAGCUGGUGACCUCGGGCUCCCGUCGGUGGAGAAGCACUUCUCGGGAUCCCCCCGACCCCUCCGAUCCGCCGUCUCCACCCCGCGACCACUCUUCGGCAGCCACAGCCGGGGGCGCACGGCCCCGAGGCGCGGCGGGGAGCGUGGAAACCGGACGCCCAGCACCGGCAUCGGGCUUUUGGGCGCCUCGAUUUUUUUUUUUUUUUUUUUUAAUUUGGACCGUCCUGGGAAGUGGCCGAGGAGGCGCCCCUCCUCCUGCUCUUUCUCCUCCUCCUCCUCCUCCUCCUCUUCCUCCUCCCUGAACCCAGCACCUCGGAGAGCCUGGAGCGGAGCGGCGGCCAAGCGUAGGGGCUUCCCCGUCUGCAGAGGGCGCCGAGAGCCAGCAGCUGGAGGGGUCGGCGAGUCAAGCGCCCGGACAACUCCGGGGCCGGUGGACCCACAUUGCUUAUAUUAAGCCUUUGUGUGGAGGGUGGUGUGGAGUGUGACUUCAGCCCUUUUUGGGGGACACCCUCCCCCCCCACACACACCCCGCGUUACUCCUCCCUCGUCUUGGCAUGAGACUGCAUGCAGGACCCACCCGAGGACCAUGAUCGCGGAGCCUGCUCGCUUGUACCUCUUUGGAUUGAUAUGUCUCUGCUCAGGCUCCCGUCUUCGGCAGGAAGAUUUUCCACCUCGUAUUGUUGAACACCCUUCAGACUUAAUUGUUUCCAAAGGAGAACCUGCAACUUUGAACUGUAAAGCCGAAGGCCGCCCCACACCCACUAUUGAGUGGUACAAAGGCGGGGAGAGAGUGGAGACUGACAAAGAUGACCCGCGCUCACACAGAAUGUUGUUGCCUAGUGGAUCUUUAUUUUUCUUACGUAUAGUCCAUGGACGAAAAAGUAGGCCCGAUGAAGGGGUGUACGUUUGUGUAGCAAGAAAUUACCUCGGAGAGGCGGUGAGCCACAAUGCAUCGCUGGAGGUAGCUAUUCUCCGGGAUGACUUCAGACAGAAUCCUUCAGAUGUCAUGGUGGCCGUUGGGGAGCCUGCAGUGAUGGAGUGCCAGCCGCCACGAGGCCAUCCAGAACCCACCAUUUCAUGGAAGAAAGAUGGCACUCCACUGGAUGAUAAAGAUGAAAGAAUAACUAUACGAGGAGGAAAGCUCAUGAUCACUUACACCCGUAAAAGUGAUGCUGGCAAAUAUGUUUGUGUUGGAACCAAUAUGGUUGGGGAACGUGAGAGUGAAGUAGCAGAACUAACUGUUCUAGAGAGACCCUCAUUUGUGAAAAGACCUAGUAACUUGGCUGUGACUGUGGAUGACAUCGCAGAAUUUAAAUGUGAGGCCCGAGGUGACCCCGUGCCUACAGUACGAUGGAGAAAAGACGAUGGAGAACUACCCAAAUCCAGGUAUGAAAUUAGAGAUGAUCAUACCUUGAAAAUUCGGAAGGUGAUGGCUGGUGACAUGGGGUCAUACACUUGCGUUGCAGAAAAUAUGGUUGGAAAAGCUGAAGCAUCAGCUACUCUCACCGUCCAAGAACCUCCACAUUUUGUUGUGAAACCCCGUGACCAGGUUGUGGCCUUGGGGCGAACUGUAACUUUUCAGUGUGAAGCAACGGGAAAUCCUCAACCAGCUAUUUUUUGGAGGAGAGAAGGGAGUCAGAAUCUGCUGUUUUCGUAUCAGCCGCCACAGUCAUCUAGCCGCUUUUCAGUCUCCCAGACCGGCGACCUCACGAUUACUAAUGUCCAGCGAUCUGAUGUUGGCUAUUACAUCUGCCAAACUUUAAAUGUUGCCGGGAGUAUCAUCACAAAGGCAUAUUUGGAAGUGACUGAUGUGAUUGCAGACCGGCCUCCCCCGGUCAUUCGACAAGGUCCUGUGAAUCAGACCGUUGCUGUGGAUGGUACUUUAGUGCUCAGCUGUGUGGCCACAGGCAGUCCGCUGCCCACGAUUCUGUGGAGGAAGGAUGGAGUCCUCAUCUCCACCCAAGAUUCUCGAAUCAAACAGCUGGAGACGGGAGUGCUACAGAUUCGAUACGCCAAGCUGGGUGACACUGGUCGGUAUACCUGCAUUGCAUCAACUCCCAGUGGUGAAGCAACCUGGAGUGCUUACAUUGAAGUCCAAGAAUUUGGAGUUCCAGUUCAGCCUCCAAGACCCACGGACCCCAAUUUGAUACCUAGUGCACCCUCUAAACCUGAAGUAACAGAUGUGAGCAGAAAUACAGUAGCAUUAGCAUGGCAACCAAAUUUGAAUUCAGGUGCAACUCCAACAUCGUACAUUAUUGAAGCCUUCAGCCAUGCAUCUGGUAGCAGCUGGCAGACUGUCGCAGAGAAUGUGAAAACAGAAACAUUUGCCAUUAAAGGACUGAAACCUAAUGCAAUUUACCUUUUCCUUGUAAGAGCUGCUAAUGCAUAUGGAAUUAGUGAUCCAAGCCAGAUAUCGGACCCAGUGAAAACACAAGAUGUUCCCCCGACGAGUCAGGGGGUGGAUCACAAACAGGUCCAGAGAGAACUGGGAAAUGUCGUCCUUCACCUCCACAACCCCACCAUCCUCUCAUCUUCUUCCAUCGAAGUUCACUGGACAGUGGACCAACAAUCUCAGUAUAUCCAAGGUUAUAAAAUCCUGUAUCGACCGUCUGGAGCCCACCACGGUGAAUCGGAGUGGUUAGUCUUUGAAGUGAGGACACCAGCCAAGAACAGUGUGGUUAUCCCUGAUCUCAAAAAAGGAGUCAACUAUGAAAUUAAGGCUCGCCCCUUUUUCAAUGAAUUUCAAGGAGCAGAUAGUGAAAUUAAGUUUGCCAAAACCCUAGAAGAAGCACCCAGUGCCCCACCCCAAAGUGUAACUGUCUCAAAGAAUGAUGGCAAUGGAACUGCAAUUCUCGUUAGCUGGCAACCGCCUCCAGAAGACACUCAAAAUGGAAUGGUGCAAGAGUAUAAGGUUUGGUGUCUGGGCAAUGAAACCCGAUACCACAUAAACAAGACAGUGGAUGGUUCCACCUUCUCUGUGGUUAUCCCUUCUCUGGUGCCUGGGAUCAGAUAUAGCGUGGAGGUAGCAGCCAGCACCGGGGCCGGGCCAGGAGUGAAGAGUGAACCACAGUUCAUCCAGCUAGAUUCGCAUGGAAACCCCGUGUCCCCUGAAGACCAGGUCAGCCUCGCUCAGCAGAUCUCCGACGUGGUGAAGCAGCCCGCGUUCAUAGCCGGAAUCGGGGCGGCCUGUUGGAUUAUCCUCAUGGUCUUUAGCAUCUGGCUCUAUCGACACCGGAAGAAGAGAAAUGGGUUGACGAGCACGUACGCGGGUAUCAGAAAAGUCCCGUCUUUUACCUUCACACCAACAGUAACUUAUCAGAGAGGAGGCGAAGCUGUGAGCAGUGGAGGGAGGCCAGGACUUCUCAACAUCAGUGAACCUGCCACACAGCCGUGGCUGGCAGACACGUGGCCUAACAGUAGCAACAACCACAAUGACUGCUCCAUCAAUUGUUGCACUGCGGGCAAUGGGAACAGUGACAGCAACCUGACUACUUACAGCCGCCCAGCUGAUUGUAUAGCAAAUUAUAACAACCAACUGGAUAACAAACAAACAAAUCUGAUGCUCCCUGAGUCAACUGUUUAUGGUGAUGUGGACCUUAGUAACAAAAUCAAUGAGAUGAAAACCUUCAAUAGCCCAAAUCUGAAGGACGGGCGUUUUGUCAAUCCAUCAGGGCAGCCCACGCCUUACGCCACCACCCAGCUCAUCCAGUCCAACCUCAGCAACAACAUGAACAACGGCAGCGGGGACUCCGGCGAGAAGCACUGGAAGCCACCCGGACAACAGAAGCAGGACGUGGCACCAAUUCAGUAUAACAUCAUGGAGCAAAACAAACUGAACAAAGAUUAUCGAGCAAAUGACACAAUCCCUCCAACUAUCCCUUACAACCAAUCAUACGACCAGAAUACAGGAGGAUCCUAUAAUAGUUCUGACCGGGGCAGCAGUACAUCUGGGAGUCAAGGCCACAAAAAAGGGGCACGGACACCCAAAGUGCCCAAACAGGGGGGCCUGAACUGGGCAGACCUGCUCCCUCCGCCCCCAGCACACCCGCCCCCCCACAGCAACAGUGAGGAGUACAGCAUGUCAGUAGAUGAAAGUUGUAGCUAUGACCAAGAAAUGCCAUGUCCAGUGCCACCAGCAAGGAUGUACUUGCAACAGGAUGAACUAGAAGAAGAAGAUGAUGAAAGGGGCCCCACGCCACCUGUCCGGGGCGCGGCGUCUUCUCCAGCUGCCGUGUCUUACAGCCAUCAGUCCACUGCCACGCUCACUCCCUCCCCACAGGAAGAGCUCCAGCCGAUGUUGCAGGAUUGUCCAGAGGAGAUUGGCCACCUGCAGCACCAACCAGACAGGAGACGGCAGCCUGUGAGCCCCCCGCCGCCGCCUCGGCCCGUUUCCCCGCCGCACACCUAUGGCUACAUUUCGGGGCCCCUGGUCUCAGAUAUGGAUACGGAUGCGCCCGAGGAGGAAGAAGACGAGGCUGACCUGGAAGUCGCCAAGAUGCAGACCAGAAGGCUGCUGUUGCGCGGGCUGGAGCAGACCCCAGCCUCCAGCGUGGGAGACCUGGAGAGCUCAGUCACGGGAUCCAUGAUCAAUGGCUGGGGCUCGGCCUCCGAGGAGGACAACAUUUCCAGCGGGCGCUCCAGCGUCAGUUCCUCCGACGGCUCCUUUUUCACCGAUGCAGAUUUUGCCCAGGCCGUGGCCGCCGCCGCCGAGUACGCGGGCCUGAAAGUAGCCAGGCGUCAAAUGCAGGACGGUGCCGGUCGCCGACAUUUUCAUGCGUCUCAGUGUCCUCGACCCACAAGUCCUGUCUCCACUGACAGCAACAUGAGUGCCGCAGUCAUGCAGAAGGCCAGACCCGCCAAGAAGCCCAAACAUCAGCCAGGACAUCUGCGCAGAGAAGCCUACACAGAUGAUCUUCCACCUCCACCAGUACCACCGCCUGCUAUUAAGUCACCCACUGUCCAAUCCAAAGCACAGCUGGAGGUACGACCUGUGAUGGUGCCCAAACUCCCUUCCAUAGAAGCACGAACGGACAGGUCGUCAGAUAGAAAAGGAGGCAGCUACAAGGGGAGAGAAGCGUUGGAUGGAAGACAAGUUGCUGAAAUGCGAACCAAUCCAACUGAUUCCAGAGAAGCACAGGACCAGCAGAAUGAUGGAAAAGGACGAGGCAACAAGGCAGCCAAACGAGACCUUCCGCCCGCGAAGACUCAUGGUGUUCCAGAGGAUAUUCUACCUUACUGUAGACCUACUUUUCCAACAUCAAAUAAUCCCAGAGAUCCUAGUUCAUCAAGUUCAAUGUCAUCCAGAGGAUCAGGAAGCAGACAAAGAGAACAAGCAAAUAUGGGUAGAAGAAAUAUUGCAGAAAUGCAAGUUCUUGGAGGAUAUGAAAGAGGAGAAGAUAAUAAUGAAGAAUUAGAGGAAACUGAAAGCUGAAGACGAGCUGAGAGGCUGGUGAGAUCUAACAUGCAAAGGAUCACUCAAGAUGCCUCCUGUCUGAUGACACAUGGCGCCAGAUAAGAUGUUCAGUGCAAUCAGAGUGUACACAUUGUGGUUUUUAUUCCUCUUACUGGAAUACCGUUUUUAAAAUCUAUUGGUUUUCUUGUUGUUGUUUGAUCCCUUUCCCCAUGAAGAACCUCCCUAUGCCCCCUCGCUGUUGGAAUACACUAAACCUGACUUCCAGCAAGGGACGUCUCUGAGCUCUUGCUUCAGUCAUCAGCCAGCAGGAGAGAACAAAAAAAAAAAAAAAAAAAAGGUUCGUUUGCAUUUUGCCCCUGAGAUAUGGCAUUGCACUGCUUACACACCAAGCCAAUUUACAGCAAAGUUUUGAUCAAAGAACACAAAGUUGUUAAUAAACCUCAUGCCAAGGGCUCUCAAGAUAGAAUCUUUCUAUACCUAACUGCUUAGGCAAAAUAAAACAUACUCAUUUUAACAUGAUUUUCAAAUCAGGCUUUCAUGCCACCCUCUGCUGGGAGAAAAGGAAAAAAAAAACCAUAGCAAAUGCAGAACAACCACAAUCAAUUUGAAUGGGGUACAAACAUUGUAAAUAUAUGCUCUUUGCAACCCCUGGUGGUAUUUUAUAUUGUUUUCAUUUCAAUCAUUGAAGUAUAUUCUUAUUGGAAAUGUACUUUUGGAUAAGUAAGCGUAAGCCAGUUGGAUCUCUGGUUGUCUAGUCAUUAUCAUAAAUAAACCUAACAAAAACCUUGUUCUAUUUUUCAAUCAAAAAAAAAAGCAAUUAUAAAUGCCUAUUACAAACAAAUGGAUGUUUUUAAUGACCAAUUGAAUAAGGACAUCCCUAUCUUAACUGGCCUAAAUUUCUUCUGGUAGUGUCAGUUCAACUUUCAGAAGUGCCACUUAAGGAAGUUUGAUUUUUGUUUUUGUAAUGCACUGUUUUUAAUCUUUUUUUUUUUUUGGUUUUAAAAGCACAAUCACUAAACUUUAUUUGUAAACCAUUGUAACUAUUAACCUUUUUUGUCUUAUUGAAAAAAUGUUGAAAGCGUUUUUUAACCUGUUUUUGUUAAUGCUCUAUGUUUGUAUUUGGAAUAUUUGAAUGAUGACAGGUGGUGAAGUAACGUGCAUACUUUAUUGUGGACCAUGAAACCAAUGGUUCUUGCUUUUUCUGGACUUAAGGAAAAAAGGUUUAAGUUUGUUAUGGCCAUUGUUGAAACUUACAAGAUUUCCUUAGAACUGCAAAUAGAGGCAUUACUUGCUUUAAAUUGCCAUACAAUGCCCUCAGACUGUAGAUUUUUAUGAUUCUUUUGUUGUUACAUAAAGUUCACUGACUUUAUAAUUGGUGCUAUUUGAAGAAAGAGAAAUGUACAUUCAUCCAUACACAGGUCUCAGGCCUGACCCCACUGGAAAACAAAGCCAAACAAAACUGAACCACAAAAAAAAAAAAAAAAAAUUAAAGAAGAAGAAGAAGAAAAAAGCUGGUGUCCACCAAAAGCUAAAUGUGUUCACUUAGAUAAUUCGAAAGUUACAUAGAAAGAGUGUGCAGUACUAAGGGAACAAUCCAUGUGAUUAAUGUUUUCAUUAUGUUCAUGUAAGAAGCCUCUUAUUUUUAGCCAUAAUUUUGCAUACUGAAAAUUCAAUAAUCAGAAAAGUAAUUUUGUCGCAUUAUUUAUUAAAAAUGUUCUCAAAUACAUCAUUCUUUCUUGUGUUGAUUUCCUUUAUUUUCAUUGUGUGAUCAAAUUUAUUCCAUUUAAUCACAAAGUUGUACUGUCUUAACAUUUCACCACUAUAUUAUCAGAUGAAUAAAAAAUCAGUUUUAUGAACAGUUUUUUUCUUGUAAGGAAAAAUUUUCAUUUUAUUCCACUGAAAUUAAAUAUUUAAGAUGAAACAAAAAUGGAGUGGUAUAAUUUCAUCAGAGAAUCAUUCUUUAAUAUUUACUAUAUGUUAAGAUGUAUAUGGAUGUGUACCUGAAUUUCAGAUAGUAUUUCUGAAAUAAUCAGGAUUCAACUCUGAUAAAUCUGAUUUGCAAAAUUUGGACCACUCAUGCUCCAUCAACAAGAAAAUCAUAUGUCGAAAUAUUGAUCAGUAGUUAUCUGCUUUCUUGCUAUAAAUUUAUGUAAAGUUUUAACAAUUCAAAACCUACUAUAUUCCAGGCUUCAUAUUAUUGUCCAUUACAUUACAGUAAAAAUAUUCAACUUCGGAUGGAUGAAAUGAUCGUCAUAUUUAAGAAGUGCCAAGAGCAGGUUAAUUUUUUGUUUUCAAAUUUUUAGUCUUUUUUUUUUUGCUAUGACACAUAUAUUGCUGUUUUUUGCUUAUCAUGAUAUAGAUAUCAGAACCUUAUGGGAAAUGGCUAUAUAAUUUGGAUUUUAAUUUCACAGAAAUGAAAUAAUCACCAGCAUCUAGAAUUAAUUCCACAGGUCAAGAAGUCAGACUCCAAGCUAUUUCAGGGAAACAGAUAAUUUUUCUCUUUCCCUUGUUGAGUUACUAUAUAUAUGCAUAUAUAUAUUUAUACAUGUAUUUUCAUAUAUAUGCAUGUAUAAAUGUAUAUAUACAUACAUAUAUAUAGGUCUCAAUAAUAUGGGCUAUCUACACACACACACACACACACACACACACACACACGCACGCACGCACGCACACAUUAUGUGUGUCACCGUCCUGGGCUUGAGUCCCAGCUUUGUCAUGGGCUGUGUUUCCUUGAACAUGCUACUUAACCUCUAAGUCUCAGGUACUUUACCUGUAAAUUCAAUAAUACCUACCUCAUGGAGCUAUUGUCAUGAUUUAGUGAGUUAAUGUAUAUGAUGUGUACUCUGUAAACCCCAUAUACAAGAUACUGUUAUAUUUAUGUAUUGAAAAUCAUUGCAUACAUGCUAUUCUCACCUUUCACACACAGUUUGUUCCUAAAAACUUGCAAAGAGUAAAAUAGUGAAAUAAUUUUGGUACAAGGAUGGGGGGGGUUCCAUUCCUGGUAAGUAAAAUUCACUGUGAAAAUAUCCGCUCGUGUAAUAAAUUUUUGGUGUUUCUGUU